GUUAGCGUCUUAAAUUUGCGCCGUGAUGCUGGAAUUUUAAGUAGUUCUUUAGAAAAACAAUUUAUUUCUGAAUUAAUACAGGUACACCACAACUAAGCCAGUGAGCGUGGAAUCAUGUUUUAUCAUAUAUCCCUGGAGCAUGAGAUUCUACUCCACCCUCGCUACUUUGGUCCAAACCUCCUAAACACUGUAAAACAAAAGCUCUUCACAGAAGUGGAGGGAACAUGCACAGGAAAGUAUGGAUUUGUUAUUGCCGUGACAACCAUUGACAACAUUGGUGCAGGUGUCAUCCAACCAGGGAGGGGAUUUGUCCUGUAUCCAGUCAAGUACAAAGCUAUUGUUUUCCGUCCAUUCAAAGGAGAGGUGGUAGAUGCAGUGGUCACCCAAGUCAACAAAGUUGGACUAUUUACAGAAAUUGGACCGAUGUCCUGCUUCAUUUCUCGUCAUUCCAUUCCCUCAGAGAUGGAGUUUGACCCCAACUCAAAUCCUCCAUGUUAUAAGACCACUGAUGAGGACAUUGUAAUUCAGCAGGACGAUGAGAUUCGAUUGAAGAUCGUAGGAACACGGGUGGACAAAAACGACAUUUUUGCCAUUGGAUCCCUAAUGGAUGAUUAUCUGGGUCUUGUCAGCUGAUUUCCCCUAAGUAUUGUGCAAAUGUACCAAUGUGCAUCUUUGAUAUUUCAUGUAAAUUCCCCACUGUUAUAGUCCUGCAAGUGCAAAUGUUUUCUUAGGUCGAUUUUGUGGUGUUAUUGCUGCAAUUCCUCAAAUAUUGUAGUUUAUGGGUAAGGAUCAAUAUUUUUUUUUACACCGUAUGAACACAUACGAAUAAAACCACACAGAACUUGCUAAAAAUGAUUGCGUUGCUGUACAAAAUCAACUGUAUUAAUUUACUGUUGUUGAAAUUUUGUAUACUUCUGGAAUACUACAAUAAAAUUUUCUUUUU